AUGACUAUCCAGUUCGUGCCUGGAGACCCAAAUCGAUCCAUAAAUUCGCUGUACCAGGCCCAAUGGAGAAACCACCGCAUUAUCGCCUAUGGUUCAGGCAACAACUUGAUCAUAUAUACCAUCACCGAUAAUGGAAAUCCCAACCUUCAAACUGUCUAUUUGGAUAGAGACCCCGUCGCUGUAUGUAUCAAUGGCGACAAUGGCCUCAUAUGUAUCUCCCAUGGAGUACAGGUUUUGGCUCUUCGGCCUGUUAACGAGUAUAUGGCAAUUCCUAAAUGGACAGAAGCUCAGAGGCUAGAUAUCGACGAGACAGAGGUGCUCUGCAUGAAGUGGGCAGUGGCAGAACAAGAAUUGGUUGUAGGAACCUCUAAGGGUAUCCACUUGCUACAUCUUUACAUUGAAUAUGGAGAAAUCAAGUCCAACUCCCGAUGGUUUCAAGAACAAGCCAGCCCUGUGGAAGGAAUCGACAUCACUGCUGAUGCUAGCAAAAUUGUCAGCUACAACUACACUAACUACGACUCAUUUGCAAAGGUAUUCGUCCGUAUUAACUAUGGUGACUCUAACUCCCUCUUUGAACUCAUAUACCUGGACCACGAACGGAGCAAAUGGCUCUUGAGCUUCAAGUGGAGAGAGAAACGGCAAGUAGAUACGUCAGAAAUCAACGACGACGUAUUGGCAUCCAUUGCAAAUAUCAAAAACAUUCGGAGCUACAUGCCUACCUCCUCCGAAAGUAACGACAUCUUAUACACCAUUACCAAUGAUCAUGUGCUCAAUGUGUGGGCAACGUACGAUUUCAGCGGCCACAGCCAUUUAAAAUUGUGGGCUGAGCUUGACUUGAAGAAGGACUUGAAGUCGGAUUUCAAGGGUGCACUCGUGAUCGAAAAUGUCAAAUUACAAUCCACACUAAUAGCUGAGUUAGCAGAGUCCACGAGUGACACUGAGGUAAAGAAACAUUUUGAAGGCAAGAAUAUGUUUAAUUUUGAUUUGGUACUAGCGUUGGGUAGCACUAAGAUUGUCGCCUAUGCGGUCUGGAACAUCGACACCAAUCCCCCCAACAAUGUUCUUUUUGAGAAGAUCCGCGAGACGGACAUAGACAGAACAUGUCUUCCUAGCUACUUGGUAGAGUCUUUGCAUGAUCUCCUAAGCGUUGCAUCUGAUGCAGAUUUUCACCUUUCUACAAAUCCGGUGACUUUGGGAAAUACUAUUGUGUUAGAGGAUACUCAUAGGAUCUCCUACUUAGUGCAUGAUCGACUCAAGAACACAAUUCGACUUGUGGAAGGAUCGUUCCGAGGUUUGAUUGAGGGACCGGGACACGCCGAUGUGAUACUCAAAAAUAAGUUUCAGGGCCAUACCAAAUCAAUCCGGAGAUUGGUGACUUCCUCCUCUUCCUACAAGAACAAUAUCAUGCUUUCUAUCUCCAACUUUCCUUCGCACAACUACAUAUGGGAGCCUUUGUUCCUCGAUCCUGGGCACCAGAAAUGUAUGUCGAUCACUAAAAGAUUCCGUCUCAAUGUUACUAGAAAAGGCGAUGACAUCCACAACCAGGGCAUCGUUGAUGCAAUUCUUAUCAACGAUGUGACUAAACCUAAGGGCCAUUUGAGACACCAUAUAGCAGUCGUGGUUGAAAAAGGUGGAUAUUUUAGCAUCUGGGAUUGCGAUGGGGAAACCAUGGAUGACAAAGAUGCUAAGCUUAUCGAUAGGAUUGAGAUUUUGGACUCAAACAAUGAUAAAAUCACGGUUGCUCCUCGUGCACUCUUCUUGAAUACUAUCUCAAAGUCUACUUACAUUGUGAUUUGUGCUUAUGACAAUAGUGUUAUCAAGGCGUGGAAGAUCGAUAUUGACUCUGAUGGAAGGCCCUCUUACUCGAGUGUCAAGGCGGAUGUUUUGCCUGGAAAAUAUUCUGGUGAGGUUGUUCUAUCAGCCGUUGACACUUUCUUGGAGAAAGAUUUGUCAAUUAUUGAUGAGACGGGACUUUUCAGAUUGAUAGGAGUCUCGUAUCGUGAGGAGAGCAACAAGGUCGAAUGGAACCAAAUCACCCAGAUCCACACGAACAUCGAAAAAGCAAGUUACAUUCGUGGAGCAUCAGUGAUCAAUAAAUUGGCUAUCGUCAAUGAAGAGGGUGAUCAACUCACCAUCUGGGAUACCAAAUCCGGCCAUCUUGAGUACGAGGAAUCAUUCCCAAAAGAGAAUGGAAAAAUCUGGGAUCUUGACUGGACUUUCAUUGGAUCUAUGGGCUCUACCGCUCAUGCAAUUCUUGGAGUUGGUUUCCCUCGAUUCGUUAUGCUAUAUACGCAACUCAGAUACGACUACACUAACAAAGUCCCUACAUUUGCGCUGUUGAAGAAAAUCGACAUAUCAGACUACACAUCGCAUGAGAUCGGGGACCUGAUCUGGAUUGACGAAGGGUACAUGGUUAUUGGAAGUGGAAAUCAAUUUUUCAUUGACGAUAAAUGGGUUCAACUCGCUGAUGCCAACAGCACUUCGUCAAACCGCUCGAUUGACUCUACCAUUAGACAGUUGAUGGUUGGUUACGACCCCAAGCAAAACAGCUUUAUGAUUUCUGAUCUAGUGAGAAUUCUCAACGGUCCAUUGCCAGUGUAUCAUCCGCAAUUUCUUAUUCAGGCAUUGCUUCAGAAUGAGGUGAAGCUAGUAGAAGAAGUUUUGGUAAAGUUGUUGCAAGUUCUCAGAACGGAUGGCGAGAUCAAAUGGGAUCUUGGGGUGGAAUUCAUGGAUGCCGUUUUCCAUAGCAACUCCGACAAGAAGAGAAGAAGAGUUUCUUUCGUUGGAGGCAUGGAUUUCGAAGUUUUUGACGAGUUCAAUUCCACUGUUCUGGACUUGCUCGUUGAAAAGCUUACAAAAGUGUCCUUACCGCUCCUAACCAGACACCAGCAGACAACACUUAUCACUGUGACAAAUAUCGUCAACAAUUUGUCUAAAUACAAGGGCUCUAUGGACGAAAAUGGAAUGAAAUUUUUGCUUGGUUUAGAAUUAUUCCAGUCAUCGCUGAAGCAAAAACACUUGCCCAUGAGAGACAUUAGUUGGGCUCUCCAUAGCGAUCAAAAAGAGAUGCUUUUCAGCACUGUCGACAAUCUUUAUCAGCAUAGGUUGUCGUGGGAACAGGUGAGAAAAGUUGGUUUGGCAUACUGGGUUGAUAAGCACAGACUCACUAAUCUUGUGGAGACCAUUGCAAGAAACGAAUUUGGUGAUUCGAGGGAUCCCUCGGGAAGAGUUUCUGUGCUCUAUUUGGCGAUUAAGAAGAAGCAGGUUUUGGUGGGACUAUGGAGAACUGUGUAUCACCCGGAAAAAGAUAAAGUUCUCAAGUUCUUAAGCAAUAAUUUUGCAGAAGACAGAUGGAAAACUGCUGCGCUGAAGAAUGCAUUUGUUUUGCUUGGAAAGCACAGAUAUAUUGAUGCAGCAUACUUCUUCUUACUUGCUGGUCAGGUCAGGGAUUGUUGUAUUACUCUUUGCAAUAAGGUUAGAGACAUUGAACUUGCAUUGGUUGUUGCUAAAGUCAAUUCGGACAAAGAAACCAUAAUGCACAUCAUUGAAAACUUUAUAUUACCGCAUGCUCUAAUGAAGGGAGACAGAUGGAUGACCAGUUGGGUUUUUUGGGAGAUGAAGCAAAAGGAAAUCUCCAUCCAGGCCCUCAUCAAAUCACCAAUUCAUGUUGUCAAGGAGUAUGUCACUACUUUUUCACAGAACUUCCAAAAAACCAUGGAAACAGUUGUUUUGGAGGCGAAAAGUAAGAGCUUCAUUAGAGAUGACCCCGUUUUGGCUGUUUUGUUUCAGAAUCUUCGUUCCUCUAAGCUGAACUAUUUGCAGGGCUCAAGGGCUGUUAAGCCUGAUGAGGAAUUUGAGUUCGUUAUCAAGGUCUCGACAAUCUACUCGCGCAUGGGAUGUGACUACUUGGCUUUGCUCCUCAUGAAGAAUUGGAAGUUUUUAGAACCAGUUCGCAAUAAGGUGGAGGUUACUUCUGAGGCCAAAGACCUAUUCCUGGAGUUUUCAGCUGCCCCUAAGGAAACAAAAGUUGCUCCGGCACCUUCUACUUUUGAGGAGCCGGAUAUGAGCGCUUUCAAUUUUGGCUUCUAG